AUGAGCUUUGGAUUUAUGUUUGUCGGAGUUCCAGGGAUAAAAUUAAAACCUGUUCAUAUACUUGAUGAUCAAACAGAAUAUGCUGAGUACUACUCUGUUGUAGGAGACAGAGUGGUAUUGCCUUGCAACAUUACACCUCCUUCAUCAGAUGAUAGCGUAGCACUUGUCUUAUGGUAUAAGGGAAACUCCGGGAAUCCCAUUUACACAGUGGACGCAAGAAACGAACCAGUUCAAGAAGGAAAACAUUUCUCUACCGCCAUUCUUGGUUCUAGAGCAAAGUUCAACAUAUCCCCGAAGUCCUCGUUCCUGCUCAUACAACAGAUUAAAGCAGAUGAUAGUGGCGAAUACCGAUGCCGAGUCGACUUUCGUCGAGGGAGAACGCAAAACAGAAAACUUAAAGUCAACGUCAUUGUUCCUCCACAAGAACUAUACGUUAAAACUGGAGAUAAACAAUUUCAGGAUACGGUUCUUGGUCCGAUUAAUGAAGGAGACUCGUUAAAUCUAACUUGUGAAGCUAUAGGCGGAAACCCUCCGCCCUCUGUGACGUGGUGGAAAGGAUCAGCUUUAAUGGACGAUAGCUACUUUCUUUUGAAAGACAACAUUGUGGUGAACAGUCUUGAGAUAAAGGUUGUAGAACGGUACCUUUCAAAGGCUAUCAUCACCUGUAAAGCCGUAAAUACGAAUCUCACCAUACCCAUGUCAGUGUCUAUCAAGUUACAUGUGAACUGUGAGUACGUUUAUUGA